AGAAUUUGGCCGGAAACUCUCCGGAAUCUAGGAAUCGCACCGGAAUGUGCGCCUGAACCAUCACCUGGAGAAUUAAAGCACAAUUUCUUCUACUUAAAGCGCAACUGCCUCGCCUCGCCUGAAAAAUGGGCCUAGGCGCAAGAGGCGAUGGCUGUUAACAACUAUGAUUCGGAUUCAGAAUUUUGGGGUCAAAAAACAAUAUGAUCGAAUCUCGAGAAGCAAGGAAGAAGUUGCUACAACAAAAGAGAAAUUUUUGGGCAAAUGUAAAAUAAAAUAGAACCCAAAGAAGUUUCUUGCAAGAUGUUAUCAUUGAUGCUACAAGGAGAUAAAAAACAUGAGUCAGAAGACUGAUUUAGUGAUAAUUGGAGUGUGUGUUGGUGUGGCUGUUGGCAUAUUUCUAGUAUCGCUUGUAUGUUUUGGUGUAAGAUGGUACAAAAGGCGUGCUCGUCUUAGAAAGGGUGCAAAUGACCAUGGUUCAUCAAAUCUUCCUAUACGCCAAAGCGGUUUAAACGCGAGUAAUGUAUUGAGUGAAUCUUUCUCAAGGUCUUUGAGCGUUAAAGUUUCAACUUAUCCUGCGAAAACUUCCCCACUAUUUAGAUGGAAAAAGAAAAGAAAUGAACAAUUAGUUUCAGCAUCUGGAUUACCAAGAUACUCUUACAAGGACAUACAAAAAGCUACAAAUAACUUUACAACCAUCUUGGGACAAGGGUCUUUUGGUCCAGUAUAUAAAGCCAAAAUGCCUGCUGGUGAAGUCAUUGCUGUAAAGGCUCUUGCUGCUGAAUCCAAACAAGGGGAGAAAGAAUUUCAAACCGAGGUAUCAUUACUGGGAAGAUUGCACCACAGAAACUUGGUGAAUCUAGUUGGGUAUUGCGUAGAUAAAGGACAACGUAUGUUAAUAUAUGAAUACAUGAGUAAUGGAAGCUUGGCAAGUUUUCUACAUAGUGAAGAAAAAGUUGCGUUGAAUUGGCAAGAAAGACUACAAAUCGCCCUUGAUAUAUCACAUGGAAUAGAGUAUCUUCAUGAUGGGGCGGUUCCACCUGUCAUACAUCGAGACUUGAAGUCUGCAAAUAUAUUGCUAGACCACUUAAUGAGAGCCAAGGUUGCUGAUUUUGGUCUAUCUAAAGAAGAGGUGUUUGAUGGUCGAAACUCGGGCCUUAAAGGCACAUAUGGGUAUAUUGAUCCAAUGUAUAUAUCCACAAACAAGUUCACAAUGAAAAGCGACAUCUACAGUCUCGGGGUCAUCCUAUUUGAACUCAUUACCGCCAUUCACCCUCAACAAAAUCUCAUGGAAUAUGUCAAUCUAGCAGCAAUGAGUUCAGAUGGGAUCGAUGAGAUUCUCGACAAGGAGCUUGUUGGUGAUUGUGACCCUGAAGAUGUAAGAAGCUUAGCACAAAUAGCACACAGAUGCUUGCAUAAGACACCGAGGAAACGACCUUCCAUUGGGGAGGUUUCCCAGGCUAUAACGAAGCUAAAACAGCGGCGGCUGGUUCGGGAAGAUAGUACCAUGUCAUUUGCGGGCGAAGAAUUCUUGGGGGUUGUCGGGUGCAUUGAGUUACAGGAGAAUCAGUUGAAAAAGAUGACCAGUAUAGCUGAAUCUUGAAAGAUUUGAAUAUGUUGUGUGUUUUAUAUAGAAAUGAAUCACUAUAUAUUUCUUUGGUCACUUUUACACAUCACUCAGAUAAAGAUUAGAAUGUGGAUCAAUCCAAGAUAAGGGUCUAGGGGUGUAAACAAGCCGAGGGAAGCCCAAGCUUGCCUAAGCUCGAGCUUGGCUCGUUAAACUUACGAGGCUCGAGUUUGGCUCUCUUUAAGCUAGCGAGUUAGAAGUAGCUAGAUUCAGACUAUUUAGGUUAAAGCUUUCAAAAAAUGAGGCGAAUCGGCCUCGACUCCUAAACUUUUAGCUAAACUUGAGAAGGUUGAAAGAUUCAGUUGAAUAGAGUUUCUCAUAGCAUCUGUUCAUACGAAA